AUGGUCCAAUACAAGCUUACUUACUUUGAUAUCCGUGGACUUGGCGAGCCAGCCCGGAUUAUCUUCCAUUAUGCCGGCCAAAAAUUUGAGGAUGAUAGAAUUACUGGAAGCUUGGACUCGUUUAGAGAUCGUAAGAACUGCUGGAUGACUUUUCCAUUUAGGAAUCAGUUUAUGAUUCUGUAAAUCUGUUUUUAGAGCUUCCUUUCGGUCAAAUCCCAGUCCUGACUAUUGAUGGAACCACCAAAAUCGCUCAAAGUCAGGCCAUCUACAGACUUCUUGCCCGCCGUUUUGGUCUUGCUGGAAAGGAUGAUGUCGAACAAGCUCAAAUUGACAGUUAUGGAGACUUUAUCCAAGAUUUGAACCAAAAUGCCCGUCAAUACUUCUUGGUAAAGAACGGCCGUGCUGAGGGCGAUGUUGAGAAGUUGGAAAAGGACCUUCAGACGUAUAUUGAUACUAAAUGGGUCAAGUACUUUGACAGAAUCUUUGAAGUAAGAAGAUUUAUCAUUAUUUUGCUCUUGCAUUGUGGCUGAGUGUAAUUAAUAUUUUUUCAGGCUUCUGGAAGUGGAUUCAUCCACAAAUCUGGGGUUACUUGGAUUGACUUUGUCAUUACCAAUAUCUACGAAACAGCUGUUAAUCUGGAUCUCAAGCCAACUGCGGGUAUCAAGCAUUUCAAAACCAUCCAUGACAAUGUGAAGGCGCUCCCUCAACUGAAAGAAUACUUUUCCCAGAGGAAACAGACACCAUUCUAA